AUGCGCCCAGCCGCCCGCCUAUUACAGCACAAGCCUCUGAUCCAUUUCAUUGGCAAGCGGCAAUGGCCAUCAACGCCGGAGGCCCCACAUGCUCACCCUUUUGCGCCGGCGGAGGUGCAAAAGGCUUUUGGUGAUUUCGUGAAAAAGGUGGACGCCGCGCAAUCGUCGUCGACUCCCAAGCAGGAAACGUCAAACAACCGCGCGUUCCAGAACUUUUGGGAAGCUCCGUCGCAUCUCUGGAGUCCGAGAGUUCACCAAUUAGACGACCGUGAAGUAGACGCGAUCAUG